CACGUUCAUGACACAUGCGCGUGCUCGAUACCGCGUCGCGUUUUGACAAAGUAUAUGCCAUCUGACGAAAGAUGAACGUUCUCCUAGGGUUGCCAUAUUUAGCCACCUCGUUAUUCUCUGCUAUCUUCGGGAUCAUUCAGCUUUCUGUGUAUGGGUCUCUAUUUGUUGUCAAUUCCACCAGAAAGUCCAUCAGGCGCCGUAAUGAGUGCUCAGCGCUCAUGCCCGUUAACCGAGUGCAUGCGCUCGGCAUAGCGGGCCUCCGUGACGACAGUGGGCGAACUUCUUGUUCGCGCUCCCGGGCAACUGUUGUUUUCUGCUGGACCUGACACCGUCCCUCAUGGAACUGGGACGAUAUCGAGAACUUCCGAUGAUGAUUCUAUCGCCUUGCAGCCUCAGUUUUUCCGUCCUCUGACGAUGAC